AUGCCUCGAAAGCGCUGGAUCGACAAGAAUAGCGCACAAACCUUCCAAUUACUCUACCGCCCACAGACCGACCCAGCCCUCCACGAUGAAGCGGCCGGCGAACGGGCACUCUACCAGGUCGCUGGACCUGGCUCUUCGUCUUCUCACAAGCCUGAAUUUAAGGAAGGUCUACACUUGACCGACUUAGAAAAUGGGCUGGACUUUGAGGACAUGCGUGAAAAUGAGGGCGAGGCCGCACAGUACGGCAUUUAUUAUGAUGACACGAGCUACGAUUACAUGCAGCAUUUACGAGAUAUUGGUGAAGGGGGAGGAGAGUCACAUUUUGUGGAGUCGGUGCCUGUCAAGGGCAAGGGCAAAGCGAAGACGGUCAAGCUGGAAGACGCACUGAGAGAAUUGUCGGUUGACGACAGUCAAAGCGUGGCAGCGAGUGAUAUGUUUUCCACAUUUUCCACCUCGACGAGGCCGAGAACGUAUCAGAACCAGCAAGAAGUCCCGGACGAGAUCGCCGGAUUUCAGCCGGAUAUGGACCCGAGACUGAGGGAGGUGUUGGAGGCAUUGGAUGAUGAUGCGUAUGUGGAUGACAAGGAUGACGAAGAUAUCUUUGCUGCCCUGACACAAGAUGGCCGCAAUGGGGAGCUUGACUUGGAGGACUUCGAGGCGAAUUACGUCGAGGACGAGGACGAGGGUUGGGAAUCAGAUGUUACAGAAAAGGCACCUGAGCAGCCAUCUGAAUUGAAACUCACGCCGACUGUUCCAGCGACAACUGAACUGCCGCCGCCGGAUGCGGAGAUAGCUGCAGCAGAAGAUGGAGACUGGUUGCGGGAUUUUGCCAAAUUCAAACGGGACAAUGCACGAAAGGCGCCGCCCAAAGCCGCAGAAUCGAUCAUCGCUGCCUCGGCUAUCCAUGAUAAAGCACCGACAUUGUACACCUUGAAUGGCACGCCUCUGCGGCAGAAGAAGCGCAAGGGAGCUUUGACCAACCCCAGCUCCUAUUCCAUGACGUCGUCCUCCCUCGCGCGGACCUCGGGCCAGCAAUUACUGGAUGCCCGAUUCGAUCAAGUGGAAAAGAUGUAUUCGCUGGACGAGGGCGAAGAAUUCGAUGACAUGGACGGUGGAAUGUCGUUGGCCUCGGGAAUGACGGGUCGGUCCAAGAUGUCGCAGCUCUCCACCACCAGUUUCGCAGACGAAGGGGCAGUACGAGAGGACUUCGACAGCAUGAUGGAUGGCUUCCUGGGAGACUGGAACAAAGCAAACCCGGGCGGUGGGAAACGGAAAGGUGCCAAAGGCAAACGUGGGAAGAACGGCAAUGAGAAGUACGGCCUCCAACAACUGGAUGAAGUCCGCGCAGAACUGGGCCCGGCAAGGAUACACCGGCGGACAACAACAAAGACAUGA